GGCUCAGCAGACUCGUACACAAGCAGACCCUCGGACUCGGAUGUCUCUCUGGAAGAAGACAGGGAAGCGAUCCGGCAGGAACGAGAGCAGCAGGCGGCCAUACAGCUCGAGAGGGCAAAGUCCAAACCAGUGGCGUUUGCUGUUAAGACCAAUGUGAGUUACUGCGGAGCUCUGGAUGAAGAUGUCCCUGUCCCAAGCACUGCCAUCUCCUUUGAUGCCAAGGACUUCCUACACAUUAAAGAG